AAAUCUCAUAAAUAUGCCUUCUAUUUAUGCAUAUGUAUGAUACCUUAGUUCUAACUUGGCAUUGAAGAAGUGCUGUCCAAUUUUCUGCUCACUGUUGAAGCUGGACAGACGCCAAUUAAGACUUUUCCAGGGCCAUAUAAAGAGAUGUGAUCAAAGCAAGGUGUCAAUUGACUACCUUACGAGCUGAAUUAUUAACUAGAACAAAUAAGAUAUUUUGAGAAAUUCUUGUUCAAAUAGUACACUUGCAUUCAAAAAUUGUGCUGAAACAUAAGACCAUUUUAUUAGGACUUGCUUCCAAUCUCUUCUAAAGCUUCUCAGAAGUUACUCAGUUUGCCCAAAAAUGAACAAGGCAUCUAUCAAUAGAGUAAGGCUGGAGCAGCUAAAUUAAGUAGUAUGGAAUUUGUUUAACACAUUUUUCGUCUGGACUUUUUUAAGGCCAAAUAGUGGAGUAAUAUUAGAAUAAUUAUUCAAGAAUGAGGUGUUUUAAUACUUCUGGGAUUGACAACGUAGCUGGUGAUGGUGAAGUAACUGGUGAUGACGGCGUAGCUGGGAAUGGCAACAAAGCCAGUGAUGUCAAUGUUGAUGAUGGAGACCAAGCUGAUUGUGGCUUAGCUGGUGAUGGCCAGAUAUCUGGUGAUGGUGACCUAGCUGAUCAUAACGACGAAGCCAGGAAUGACGUCCUAGCCGGUGAUGGAGACGUAUCUGAUAAUGGUGAUGUGGCUGGAAAUGCUGUUGGUGAUGGGAAUGUAGCUGGGAAUGGCAGCUUAGCUGAUGGUAGAGACCUUACUAGGUAUGGUGAUGUAGCUGGUGAAGGGGGCGUAUCGGAGACAAGAGUUGUAGCGGAUGAUGGGGACACAGCUGGGAAAUGCGAUGUAGCUGGUGAUGGGGACAUAGCAAGAACUGACGAUGUAGCUGGUGUUUGGGACGUAGCUGGUACUGAUUAUAAGGCAGGUGAUGGUGACACAGCUGGGACCUGUGAUGUAGCUGGUUAUGGGGACGUAGCUGGAACUGACAAUGUAGAUGGUGAUGGGGACACAGCUGGGACUUGUGAUGUAGCUGGUGAUGGGGACGUAGCUGGAACUGACAAUGUAGAUGGUGAUGGGGACACAGCUGAGACCUGUGAUGUUGCUGGUGAUGGGGACGUAGCUAGGCCUGGCGAUGAUGCUGGUGACGGGGACAGGGAUGGUGAUAUGGCUUGGAAUGAUCAACUUUGGGGUUCAGUUAGGGUUAUACCUGUAGAGCAAGGCAUGCCUGUUGCUGCUUUUCCAAUGUGUUCCACAGUGUUGGCAAUAGGAAGGUGCUUGACCUCAAUCAGGGGGAGGUACAGUGGCUUUCUAGCCAUUUAGCACACAAAGUAAAAAGAUUUCUACAGGCUUCAAGAAGCUACUGUGGAAAUAGGAAAGGUCUCCAAACUUCUCCUGCUAACAGAAAAUGGGGAUGUAGCCAAAUACACAGGAAAGUCAUUGGAACAAAUUCAGAUUGAUGGUAAUUUUCUUGAAGUUAGUUUUUGUAACUGCUCUGUAUUGUCACAAAAGCUGCAUUUAAUGUUUUCAGCACAUUUAAUCAAGGUGCACUUUACUGAAUGCUUGAUGUUCCUCGUCAGAGUGUCUGUCAACACUUUACCUUACCUUGUAGAAGUAAGCAAUGAACAUUUGAGUUAAAAUUGACAAACUUUAUAUUUUGUUGAAUAUGACUGGGAAGAUUUCCUACCUAAUUUUAAGUCGUCUUUGUUGACAGAUACAAUGGGAGCUGUCUAAUCCGAACCUUUUCUGACCAGAAUAAUUGUUCGGAUUGCAAAGGUGUUCAGAUUACACAGGUUUUCUAUGACGCGAUCCAGUGAAGAUGAAUAUGUAUACCUGUGGCCAGUGUUAAUACCUGAUUGUUUUUUUAUAUUAACAGAAUAACCAAGGAAAACAUUGUACAAAUUAUGUUAUUAUUUCUAAUACCACAGGCGCUUGAAGCUCUACCAAUUAAUAUAUAUGUUUAUAAUACCCUACCCACCUAAUAUACUACCGUAUGAAAUUGUACAGGUUGGCAAGUAAAUAACUGUAAUUUUUAGUCAUUUUUACCAGCUGAUACAUCGACCCACAGAUAAAAUACCAUUAAAAAUUAUAUUUCAAAUAGUAAAAUAAACAUUUCUCUUAUAGUGUGCUGAAUACAUCCUGCAAGAAAUAUACC